AUGUCCGCUACCGCAUCAUCUGCCGCGGCGGCGGCCAGGGACGCUGCUACCCCGGCGGCUCAGCACACUGCUCGUGCGGCCCACGGGGAGGCUUCCGCUGCGGCGACCGUGGGUGCCGAAGAAUGUGCCGCUGCACACGAGUUGGGUAGAGAAGAAAUGGACGCGACUCCGCCGCCGUCGACAAUCCACGACGACACCGACAUCGACAUCAUCUGGCACAAUCUGUACUGCAAGUCGGACUUCACCAUCAUGCGUGGGUGGUCAUGCGGUCCGGUGGAGCGCAUCCUGGUGGACUUUGGGAAGGUGGUGGAAGCAGGCGUCUUUGAUGAGGUCGUCAGUGUUUGCGCCUCCAAGUACAUGUUUACUGUGACGGUGGCCACCCACAAGAGCUGCCAGGAGCUUGACAAGUAUUGGUUUGCUGUUCAGACUGGAGAAUGGGAGGAUGAGGAGGCUGGACAGUGA